CACUGGGUGAGUGUCGCCACACAAACCAACAGCCGUCAGCUGUGUGCCGUUGUCAACCAAUAGUGCAUCGAUGUUUGGUAUCCUGUUGUCAUGCCUUGUCUUUCGAGUGGACGCAUCGGAGCUAGGGCUAACCAGUUUCCCUGCAAUAGCAUCAGAUGGAGAAAUCGUCACAAUGACUUGUAGUCAAAAUAAAAGUUACACCAGCAUUGACUGGCUUAUCAAUCGGAAAAAGAACUUCCAAACACAGAUCGCGCAAAGCGGCUGUGAAAUAUCCAUUUUCAAGGCUGACAUGUACGACUUAUCAAGCCGAAUGGAAGUAAACUGUGAUACAAGUCAACAUUCCGUGAAUCUGAGGAUCAACGCCAGCGUCGACAGAAACUUAGAAUCGAUCUGCUCCAAUAUGGACGCCAAUGACAUUAGUAACAGCAUAACGAUAGAGCUGCAUGGAGGGUUCGGUACCGUCGCAACCACAUCAGCUGCCGUGCCAAGUUACUCAUCAGAAAGUAAUCGCAUAGGCACUGCAGAUACUACCAGCAUCAAUACAUCAGACAGGGCAAGUGGACAGUUUCUCAACACGUGUCUGGCUGUCAUGCUGUACUUGGUGUUAAGUGGCGGCAUGAUUUAGUUGCCGCUGCACAGCUUGAUUGUUUUCCUGUACAGCGUUAGAGAACUGAGUUAAGCGAAGUCUGCACCGUGACACUAACUUCCUUUCACAUGCAUAUUUGUAUGCUGCAUGGUGGUGGCUGAACGGGAAGACGGAGGAAGUUCUGAA